AUGUCGGUCUCCCAGUCUCAAACUCGCUCCCAGUCCUGCUCUCAGCUGCCUAGUUUCUUGGCAAGAGGUGACCAUGGCAAAGGACUUUUCAACCGGCAGAUGGGACCCCUGCAGCGCCACCUUCACCAUGGGGAAUACGACUUACUCAAGCUUGCUCCCAUGCUGGAAAGCGAAUUUCUGCAGGUGAACAAGCGAGGAGAGGUAAUCGACGUCCACAACCAAGUCGAGCCAAUGACCGUAGCAGUAGCCUGCACAAUUCUCCUGCGGGAAACUCCAGAUGUAUUGCUUUUGGCCCGCACUGUCCACCCCUCUGAAGAAAAUCUGCCACCACUUAAAAAUCUGCUCUACCAUUACCCGCCACCGAAGACGUAUGAACUCACCAGACUCCUUCCUUUGCGUUUUGUGAAGAUCAUGGUUCACAACGCAAGGAAGAAGCAGCUACGAUUCAAGCUGGCGAGCGGACGGGCCUUCUACUUGCAGCUCUGUUCUCCACCCGACCAGCGAGAGGACCUCUUUGAGUUGUGGGUCAGGGUGGUGAAUUUGCUGCACCCUCCCUCGGAGCAAAGACUGGAGACACAGGCCAAGAUCAGAGACCCCGAAGGACACACGGAGGACACAGCCCCAGCUCAGAGACUGGAGAGCACCAGUGCCAUUAACCUGGCAGACACCGUGAGCAUCCGGACUGUGUACUCCUUCUCCAGAGCGCCCAGCCUCACGCAAGAGGACACCCGGAGCAGGCGGAGCCUGAGCAUAUCCUUAAAGAGUCAGAAAAGCACCGAGGAUCCCUUCUUGCCACCCGUCCUCACUCAAGAAAAGACUCUGGAGCCUGAUAUCUCUCCCGCCUCGGAUAAUAUGGGGUCGGAGGAGUCUUUGGAGAUGGCCCCCAGACACCAGGACCUCAGCCCAGAUGGAGACGUGGAAUACAAGAGCAGCCCUCCCUCGAGCAGAAGGAGCAGUAAAAGCAGAAGAACGAGCCGAAGCAAAUCUCCCCGGAGAGCUUCUCGCCGGAAGCCCAGCAAAAUCCUCUCCCUCAUCACAUCUUGUUCCUGGGGCAGCGUGAAGAGUGGAAGGCGGGAGUCCAAGGGCAAGGCCAAAGGGAAGAAACACUAA